AUGGCAGCACCAGAGUCGAGCGAUUCCACCCCGAACGGACUCAGCAAUGGGCAUCAACAAGAGCCCAGUUCCAGUUCCUACCAGAUCCCCGAUGUUACCUAUCGAAGUCCUAGUAAUCGACGGGUGAAAGUGAUUGCAAUCGGUGCAGGGGUGUCCGGGAUCCAAGUGGCGUAUCAGAUUCAAAAGCAAUGUGAAAAUGUCGAUCUACAGAUCUACGAGAAGAACUCAACGGUUGGAGGCACAUGGCUGGUGAACAGGUACCCUGGCUGUGCCUGUGAUGUUCCCUCGCAUGCCUAUUCAUUCAAUUUUGCCCUCAAUCCUGAAUGGCCCCUGUUCUUCUCCCGCGCCGAAGACAUUGAGCAAUACCUGGAAAAGGUGGUUGACGUCUUCGGUCUGCGAAAAUACAUGCACUUCAACCAUAGGGUGCUUGGAAGCUAUUGGAACGAGAAGGAGGGGAAGUGGACCGUCAAGAUUGCUCAGACUCGGCCGGAUGGCACCGAACACGAGUUUGAAGAUACUUGUGAUCUCUUGUUACAAUGCACCGGCGUCCUCAGUCGUCCCAAACUGCCAAAGAUCGAGGGUCUGAAUACUUUCAAGGGAAAGGUCAUCCACACAGGAGCUUGGGACAUGAACUACGACAAGGAACAAUGGGCAAAGGAUCGAGUGGCCGUCAUUGGAUCCGGUGCUUCGUCAGUCCAGACCGUCCCCAAUAUGCAGCCGUUUGUCAAGCACAUGGACGUCUUUGUUCGAACCGCCGUCUGGUUCGUCAAGUUGGCCGACAACUACGGCAACAAUCACGCCUACACCGACGAGGAGAAGGCCAUCUUCCGAGCCGACAAAAAGGCUCUGGCCGCCCACGCAAGCCAUAUCGAAAACCAAGUCAACGGUGACUGGAGCUUGUUUUUCCCUACAAGCCAGGCACAAAAGAAGGCCCGAGAAUUCUUCACGGCGCGCAUGGCCGAACAUAUCAAAGACAAGCGACUGCUCCAAGGCUUUACACCCAAGUGGUCUGUCGGAUGCCGACGCGUAACGCCAGGCGAUCCGUACAUGAAGGCCAUUCAAGAGCCGAACGUGACUGUGCACUUCACAGGUGUCUCGCGACUGACACCGGACGGGGUGGUGGGCGAAGAUGGCAUCGAGAGGAAAGUCGACACGGUCAUCUGUGCGACCGGUUACGACGUAUCGUACCACCCGCAUCAUCCAGUCAUCGGUCUGCAUGGCCAGAGUCUCAAGGAGCACUUUGGAGAUGCACCAGAGUGCUAUCUCGGCCUCGCCGUGCCCAACUUUCCAAACUACAUCCUUUUCGGCGGGCCGACUUGGCCCUCGAUGAACGGCUCCGCGCUGGGCCCUCUUCACGCCGUGACCAAUUAUGCCAUCCAGGUGAUCAAGAAGAUGCAAAUCGAGAACAUUCGAUCGCUCGUUCCUCGACAGGACGUCACCGACGAGUUCAACGCCCACGUGCAGGAGUUCGUCAAGGCUUCGGUGUGGAAAGACGACUGCCGUUCCUGGUACAAGAAUCCGGACACUGGCAAGGUGUUCGCCAUCUGGCCCGGGAGUAGCUUGCAUUACAUGCAAACCAUUGGAACGCCACGCUAUGAAGACUACCACGUCACAUAUCACGACACAAAUCGGUAA